GAGCGCGCUCCGUUCCAAUCCCUGGCCAUGGCCGAGCUUCCUGGCAGCAGGACCAGCCGUCCCCUGGCUCCUCGCCCCGCUCCCUGAGCGCUCUGUCUUCUCGACCUCGAUAAAACCCCUUGUUCUUUCUGGAGCUGUGGUGAAGGUCUGGCAGUGGCGAGCAAGGAUGCGCUGAGGACCACGAGGGCGCGUGUCCCGGGGGCCACCGUGGGUCCCAGCGCUGGAUCCGAGCUGCCUCGAUUUCCCCCUCCGCGCGCCUGCAGCCCUGCGCCGCACUUGAUGUGCAAGGACCAGCCGGACAUCAUGAUCCUAACACAAAUUGAAGCCAAGGAAGCUUGUGACUGGCUCCGGGCAACGGGUUUUCCCCAGUAUGCACAGCUUUACGAGGAUCUCCUGUUCCCCAUUGAUAUUACCUUGGUCAAAAGAGAGCAUGAUUUUCUGGACAGAGAUGCCAUUGAGGCCCUGUGCAGGCGUCUAAAUACUUUAAACAAAUGUGCGGUGAUGAAGCUAGAAAUUAGCCCUCAUCGGAAGAGAAGUGAGGAUUCGGAUGAGGAUGAACCCUGUGCAAUAAGUGGCAAAUGGACUUUCCAGAGGGACAGCAAAAGGUGGUCCCGGCUUGAAGAGUUCGAUGUCUUUUCUCCAAAGCAGGAUCCAAUCCCUGGGUCCCCAGAUGAUUCCCACCUGAAGAAUGCCACAAGCCAUGAGAGCAUGCUGACAGACCUCAGCGAGUGCCAGAUGUCUUCCCUCCGCAGCCUCAGCAGUACUGGCAGUGUUCCCACCCACGUCCCCCAUGGUGGGGAUGCUGUGACAACCCGGACUAACUCCGUCAUCAGCGUCUGUUCUUCCAGCCACUUUAUAGGCAAUGAUGACUCUUUCCGCAGCCUGCCAUCUCCCAAGGAACUGUCCAGCUUCAGUUUCAGCAUGAAAGGCCAUGAGAAAAAUACCAAGUCCAAGACGCGCAGUCUGCUGAAAAGGAUGGAGAGCUUGAAACUCAAGAGUUCCCACCACAGCAAACACAAGGCACCCUCCAAGCUGGGGUUGAUCAUCAGUGGGCCCAUUCUGCAGGAGGGUAUGGAUGAGGAGAAACUGAAGCAGCUGAACUGUGUGGAAAUCUCAGCCCUCAAUGGCAACCACAUCAAUGUCCCCAUGGUACGAAAAAGGAGUGUGUCUAACUCCACACAGACCAGCAGUAGCAGCAGCCAGUCUGAGACUAGCAGUGCUGUGAGCACACCCAGCCCUGUCACCAGGACACGGAGCCUCAGUGCCUGCAACAAGCGGGUGGGCAUGUAUCUAGAGGGCUUUGAUCCUUUCAAUCAGUCUACAUUUAACAACGUGAUGGAGCAUAACUUUAAAAACCGUGAGAGCUACCCAGAGGACACGGUGUUCUACAUCCCUGAAGAUCACAAGCCUGGCACCUUCCCCAAGGCUCUCUCCAACGGCAGUUUCUGUCCUUCGGGAAAUAACAGCUCUGUGAACUGGAGGACUGGAAGCUUUCAUGGCCCUGGCCAUAUUAGUCUAAGGAGGGAAAACAGCAACGAUAGCCCUAAGGAACUAAAAAGACGAAAUUCCUCAAGUUCCAUGAGUAGCCGCCUAAGUAUCUAUGACAAUGUGCCAGGCUCCAUCCUCUAUUCCAGCUCGGGUGACCUGGCAGACUUGGAGAAUGAGGACAUCUUCCCUGAGCUAGAUGACAUCCUCUAUCACGUGAAGGGGAUGCAGCGGAUAGUCAACCAGUGGUCAGAGAAGUUUUCAGAUGAGGGAGACUCAGACUCGGCCCUGGACUCUGUCUCUCCUUGCCCAUCAUCUCCAAAACAAAUACAUUUGGAUGUGGACAAUGACCGAGCAACACCCAGUGAUCUGGACAGCACAGGCAAUUCCCUGAAUGAGCCUGAAGAACCUGCUGACAUCCCAGAAAGAAGGGACUCUGGGGUUGGUGCUUCCCUGACCAGGUGUAAUAGGCACAGACUGAGAUGGCACAGUUUCCAGAGCUCUCACCGGCCGAGCCUAAACUCCAUAUCGCUGCAGAUUAAUUGUCAGUCUGUAGCCCAGAUGAACCUACUACAGAAAUACUCGCUCCUGAAGUUGACAGCCCUGCUGGAGAAGUACACGCCUUCCAACAAGCAUGGUUUUAGCUGGGCUGUGCCCAAGUUCAUGAAAAGGAUCAAGGUUCCAGACUACAAGGACCGGAGUGUAUUUGGCGUCCCUCUGACAGUCAAUGUGCAGCGCACAGGACAACCUUUGCCUCAGAGCAUACAGCAGGCCAUGCGCUAUCUCCGCAAUCAUUGUCUGGAUCAGGUUGGGCUUUUCAGAAAAUCAGGAGUCAAAUCCCGAAUUCAGGCUCUACGCCAGAUGAACGAAAGUACCACAGGUUGUGUUAACUAUGAAGGACAGUCUGCUUAUGAUGUGGCAGACAUGUUGAAGCAGUAUUUCCGAGAUCUUCCUGAGCCACUCAUGACGAACAAACUCUCAGAAACCUUUCUACAGAUCUAUCAAUAUGUGCCCAAGGACCAGCGCCUCCAGGCCAUCAAGGCUGCCAUUAUGCUCCUGCCUGACGAGAAUAGGGAGGUUCUCCAGACGCUUCUCUACUUCUUGAGCGAUGUCACAGCAGCUGUUAAAGAAAACCAGAUGACUCCGACCAACCUGGCUGUGUGCUUAGCACCUUCCCUCUUCCACCUCAACACCCUGAAGAGAGAGAAUUCUUCUCCAAGGUACAGGGUAAUGCAAAGAAAACAGAGUUUGGGCAAACCAGACCAGAAAGAUUUGAAUGAAAACUUAGCUGCCACUCAAGGGCUGGCACACAUGAUUGCUGAGUGCAAGAAGCUCUUCCAGGUUCCUGAAGAAAUGAGCCGAUGUCGCAAUUCCUAUACUGAACAAGAGCUAAAACCCCUCACACUGGAGGCAUUGGGACACCUGAGUAACAAUGAAUCAGCAGACUACAAACAUUUCCUCCAGGACUGUAUGGAUGGCCUGUUUAAGGAGGUCAAAGAGAAGUUUAAAGGCUGGGUCAGCUACUCUACUUCUGAGCAGGCCGAGCUGUCCUAUAAGAAGGUGAGUGAAGGACCCCCUCUAAGGCUCUGGAGGUCAACCAUCGAAGUCCCUGCUAUGCCUGAGGACAUCCUAAAGCGCCUAUUGAAAGAGCAGCACCUCUGGGAUGUAGACCUGUUGGAUUCAAAAGUGAUUGAAAUCCUGGACAACCAGACUGAAAUUUACCAGUAUGUGCAAAACAGUAUGGCACCCCACCCUGCUCGGGACUACGUUGUGUUGAGAACCUGGAGGACUAAUUUACCCAAGGGAGCCUGUGCCCUCUUACUCACCUCUGUGGAUCACGACCGGGCACCUGUGGUGGGUGUGAGGGUUAAUGUGCUCCUGUCUAGAUAUUUAAUUGAACCCUGCGGGCCAGGGAAAUCCAAACUCACCUACAUGUGCCGAGCUGAUUUAAGGGGCCACAUGCCAGAGUGGUACACAAAAUCUUUUGGACACUUGUGUGCAGCUGAAGUGGUAAAGAUCCGAGACUCCUUCAGUAACCAGAAUACUGACAUCAAGGACACCAAAUCAAGGUGAUUGCUGAAGCAAAACAGCUGUGACCAUCUGCUACUUGGGUGAUUGUUUUUAGAACCUUGCCAAUCCUUGGAAGAAUCCAUCUGUGUCUGAACCUAAAACAAAUUCUAGUUGGAAUAUAGACAUUGACUGUGUGAGUUGAUACAUUUUUAAAGCUGCUUCCUGUUUGUUUAAGGUCUGUGUUGUAGACCUUGACUGGAAUAUAUAAGACUGUGUAAAAACAAAUGUAUUCUUAUUCAAAUUGCUUCUGAGAAGCAAAACUCUAAAUACAUUAUGGAAGAUAAUGAAGAGACUUGGUUCUCUUGUGAUAUUGGUGUAUGUGUACCUAUGUUUUUGGCAGUGUGUUGAGGGACUGGUGUAGCCACUGUAAUAGUUGGUACUCUGACUGGUUUUCUCACUGAGAUGAGCAAGGAAAGGUUUGCACAGAGGAGUGUGAAUGUGUGUUGUUGCUGGUUGAAUGGCAGAGAUGUAGAAGUUGGAAUGCAGUGUCUGGCACACUGAGAUGCCUCCAAGAAAGCAGGAUACCGAUGCACCAGGUUCAGUUUAACCUGGAAUAGCUGACUACCCAGGGAUUCACCCAGAAAGGGGACCCAACCUCUUGUCCAUUUCAUUCUUUUCCAACUUAUAAGCAUAUUUCUUCUCUACCAACCUCUUCUUAACCUUAAAAGUAAUUGUAGAUUUACCUUGUCACACUCAUUUUGACACAAUUUGGUUUUAGACCUAAUUGCAAAUAGUGUUUUAAUUUUGUCCAGUAAAAUUAGUUCAGGAACAACCAAAUAAUUCUUGUCACCAGUUUUUGUUUAUUUGUUUUUGUAUUGUUUUAAGUGAAAUGUAAAAACUGAACACUCUUAACAGUCAGUCCUUAAUGAAGCCUCAUAUCUUUUUACCUAUUAACAGCUCCUUGCAUUCUCUUGUUUGUAACAUAAACUCUUAAAGACACUAUACAUGGGAACAUAGGAAAGUAUGUAUGUCCCAAGGAAAUUCCUCAGGCACAAAAGGCUUUUUUAUUAUUUUACUAUUGGUGUUAUUAUUAUUACUGUUGUUGUUAACAGCAUUCCUGAAAGCUACACUUGUUUAUUAAUUGGGUUUGUCCUGGUUAGCCAAUAGAUGCUCUGGUUUUAUGACAUUUUGGUUUUCCCACAAUUCUUUUUCUUUACCCUUAUAAUCCCCUUGAAAUAUAUUUUAGUAGUAAUGGGAAGUAACCAUAGUAGAAAAAAAGCAAACAGCAGUGUUUUAGAAGGGUAGUCUUUAUACAGGUUUUACUGUAUUGAUAAAGAUUGACUCAAGAGACAGUAUUAGUAAAUUUAUUUUGUAUGGAUCAAAGUGAAUAAUGUGUGAAUGAAAGAAGGAUUUUUAUUUUGUUAUAAUUUAGUUACCAUUGUCAGUGUUAUUUCAAAGGUUCUUUGAAGAAUUUGGGGGGAUCAGAUUAGAGUUUUAAAAUUUGAGUAUUUUGGAUAUCAGUGUUCCUUGUGAAGAUAUACUUGUAUAUUCAAUUUUGAUGGCUUGCAGAUUUAUAAGAUUCUAUGUUGUAUAUACCAUUCAAGUAAGAAACAUGUACACAUGUCUGUCCACUGUGCUUUCAGACAUAGAUAAAGCAUGAUAAAGAUUAUUAUUUAAAAUAUACUUGUAUUUAUACCUCAGAUAUUCUUUUUGGGUUUUGUACCUCAAGGCUCCUCCCCCAAUUGUAAAUACACUUUACAUGAAUACAGUCUAAAUGAAAUAAAUAAAUAAAUAAAUAAAAGAGGUUUAUAAUUUGCUCUAUAUCUGUACAGACUAUAAUCAGUAAGUGCACUAUUAAAUGUUUAAAGUAAGGGAAAAGUCUGGCCUGCUUUCCUUUGUGUUGCAUCUUUCUCCCAGCCUCAAAAAGUACAAAUUGUAAAGAAUAGCAACUGAGCACCACCUUAAAUCAAAAGAUAGAUUUUCUGAAGGAAAAAGUGGACGGUGAAUCACUCGAAGGCCAAAUGCUGCUGAGCCACUCAUGACAAACAGGAAACCCUGGUGAGGGUUCAGGAAGUAUGGAGACUCUCCACACAAAGGAAAUAAUCCAGAGAAAGUUACGAGAAUAAGUAACAGCCACAGAAAGAUGCUUCUAAGCAAAGUGAAGGUCACUGAUUAAGCCCACGGAAGGUCUCUUUCCCACAUUUAACUUCCAUGUUGAAAGAAUUCCUUGUGUGUCUGACAAAACUUCAAAGGAUGUGAACAUUUUCAAGAACUCUUGUGUCACCUGAGGUGACAUUACCAAAACUUACCCGUGUGACUAAUUGCCUAGAUUGUAAGCUCUCUGAGAGCAGGCACAUCUCCUGCACAUCUUUGUAAUCCUCUACAGCAGCUUUCAGUGUUUUGUACUUACAGGCACCUAAUAAAUUUAUUAUUUGCUA